CCCCACUCAUCACUUUGCUUGCUUUGUCUCUUCUUCUUCAACAUCAUCUUCAUUGAGUUCUUCGAAAUUCAAAGAAUUUGUGUUUAAAUGGUAUCGUUUCCGCGAUUGUGUGAUCUGCUUUUCUGUACUAUAAAUCUGGUAUUCACUACUUUUGUGUUUAUUGCUUUCCUUUUGCAUCUAAUUUAACCAUCACUCCACCUUUUUGCUUUUCCAGCUUCAACUUUUCUUUUUCUCUUUCUGUCACUUUCUUCGCGAAUUCCUCCGUGUCCUCUCAAUGACUUUCCUUUUUCGGUCUUCUUGUCUUAGGUGUUUGGAUUUUAUUUUUUCUUGAUUCAUUCCCAAGCUUGAUCAGUUCUUACAUAAGGGUUGACCAAUCUUAAUUCUCGACUUUGUUUUUUCUACCUUAAUCAAUCCAUAGAAAUUUUGAAUUUUUAGAUUUAGGGUUUGUUAAUCCUAAUGUUUAGGGAACUGGAUUGCAGUGAUUUUUGGUAGAUAACGAAAAUUUCCCAGCGUAUCAAUUACCUUCUGUUUCCUCUGUCAUACCCGAAUUUGAUAGGAUCACUUUUGUGGUUUGUGUGAUUGCCAAUGGAUAACGAUGUUAAGGAUGCUAAUGGGUUCACCGUAGACUCUGAAAAAGUUGAAAAUCAUGCUGAUGAUAGAGAAGAUUACAGUGACUCCAAUACUUUGUUGCCUCCUAGGAGGGGUGGGAUGUCAAGAAGUCCAAAGCGAGUGCGGAGGAAAGUUCAGUGGAAUGAUAACAAUGGGAAUAAACUCACAGAGGUUUUAAUAUUUGAACCAAGUGAUAAUAGUGAUUCUGAUGACGAUGAUUCAGAUUCUUGCGCCUGUACCAUAAUGUAGAUAUGUCAGUACAUUUUGUACAGAUCUGCUGGAUAGCUCAAUGAAGCAUUUUCUGUGAUCACAGAUUUGAUAAUUAGAAGUGAAUUUGCUUCCUUUCAACUUCUUGUUGCUAGGAUCAAAGGGCUGAGGCCAAAGGCAAGGUGUCAUGCUUGUCAAAGUGAAGUUUAUUGCCAGUUCAUCAAAAUGAACUGUUUGCUCAUCAAAAUGAUGUUUAAUACCCAUUCACAACUUUUGUGGCAAGUUUUGUGCAGGCAGAUUUCAGUUGUGUAGAUCUCAUCCCAGGAUGAAGCCGAUAGUAAUAAUGACUCUCAAAAUUAGAUGAUAUAUUUAAUAUUUCGAUUAAAACUGACUAGUUUUGGCAUCGACUUGCAUAUGGAUAUGUGAGAAAUGAACAGUAGUGAAGAGAUUACUUUGGAUGAUUGUUUGCUGAAGUGCAGUUAGAAAUGUUAUCAGUUUGUGUUGGUAGCUUUCUAAGCUAUUCAUCACAGAUAUUGUGAUAUGAAAUUGUGUAUUCUGCUGCUGUUUUAUGGGAUCAAGUUUCCCCUAGAGCUCCCUUCUAGGAGCAUGUAUAAAAUGUGCAUGUUUCAUAUCAGAGUUAUACUAUAACGGUGAUGUUAAUUUUCA